UUUCUUGUCAACGUUCGCCCCUGUCGGUUCACAUUCGCCUGACCUCCGACCGCAGACGGGACUCCAACCAAGCCCAGAAAUGUCUGAUUUCUCAGAAGACCAGAUCAUCGAGUUCAAGGAGGCCUUCCUGCUGUUUGACAGGACAGGUGAUGGGAAGAUCAGUUACAGCCAGUGUGGUGAUGUCAUGCGGGCCCUUGGCCAGAACCCUGUCAACGCUGAGGUCCUCAAGGUCCUGGGCAACCCCAAGUCAGAAGAGAUGAACCACAAGAUGCUAGACUUUGAGCAGUUCCUGCCCAUGCUCCAGGCCAUCGCUAAGAACAAGGACCAGGGCUCCUUUGAGGAUUUUGUGGAGGGUCUGCGCGUCUUCGACAAGGAGGGAAAUGGCACAGUGAUGGGCGCUGAGCUGCGCCAUGUCCUCACAACACUUGGUGAGAAAAUGACAGAAGAGGAGGUGGAGACUCUCUUAGCGGGACACGAAGACGCCAACGGCUGCAUCAAUUACGAAGAACUUGUCCGGAUGGUGAUGAGUGGUUGAAGAUUUCAAGAACACAACUGGUUAAUUUUAUUCCCAAAUGUUUUUUCUAUUAUAUGUCAUGUCUGUCUCACCCCCAUCCAAAUCUUGUUUGCCCUCCAUUUUGUGAUAUUUUCUUUCGGAAGUGCCUUUUCUGUGUCUUGAGUUGAAGAGCCCCUUUUUUUAAUUUCACUUCAAAAUAUCAUCAAGCCACAGAGGUGCAUGCGAUCACGCCUGGCUCGUUGACAGAAUCGGCAAUAACAUUCCCUUCGUUAUUCCAUACGUUCCCAUCUCCCCACCCUGUCACUCAACCCCUGUGUCAGCCCUGUCGCCCAAUAGCUGUGUUUUUAUACAGAGGAGAUGCAUGUUCAUUGGCUGAGACCAGCUGUAAUGUGGAUUUUACCGGGCCAAUUAUGGAAUGGUAGAUUUACUGUCUCAUGUAUAUGUUGUAUCAAAUUAUAUUUAAUAAAAAUCCCCAGUUUCUGAAAACAAA